AUGGCCUUGCAUCCUAUCGACGACGAUGAACAAUUGUUCACCCGGGCGAUGACCUCUUACAGGGAAGCAUUUUUGGUUCGCCUUGCCCAUCUACCGGAAGCUCAACGCCACGAUCUGUGGAGGCAACAACUCAACCAGUUUAUUCCGACCUGUGAGGGUGAAUCCAGCUCGGCACCCAGUCUGCCACUUUCGAGUCAACUGCCAGAGAAACCUGGGAAGCGAUCCAGACAGGACAUGACCCCGCGAACCGUCCCGUUUCCCCAAGCUGCCUCGGGCUCUGCUUGUUGCCUUGAUCGCGAUUCAAGUUCAGCUGGCUCUGGUUCGGGUUCUGGUUCUGGCCCUCCUCAGGCAAAACGGCGAGCCACCACCCCGGAUCUCCUAGCGGCCUCCGACCCUAGGCGCGCUACGCCUCAAGUCCAUCGCCAGGAUGAUGCGCAGAAAGCUUCGUCCCGUGCAACUGAGCAGACACACUACCGACACGCUCCAAUUACGAUUCCCGGAGCUACUGGAAACGCAUCGUCCUCGUCCAGAAUGGUUCGCUCCAUGAGCCAGCAGCUUCCAAUAUCGCAUCAGUAUUUACCAGCCAAGGCUUCUACAAGGAAACGCCAAUCCGUGGGCCCCGCGCAGCCACUGAUCGAGCAAUACCGGCCUCGAGAAAUGCCGCAGCAGCCAUCAGCAGCGAUAACGAGUCAUUUCAUGAAUUCUGACGAAAUGAUUGAUGAUUAUUCACCAUCCGAAUUUACGAGCCGGUCCAACAAUCACAUGCGCUCGACGAAUGUGACUCCAUUUCACCCGGCAGCGAUUCAUGUACCCACCUCGAGCAAAGUCUCAGCCUUGACAAGCGGACUUGCUGAUCUGGAAUCGAAACCACCACACCCAUUAUCACAAACACAAGUCGGCCAGCCGUAUUUACCGGCCGACGUUCAGCCGGUGGGUGCAGUCGAGAUGACACGCAGUGGUACAACUGACACAAUUAUCGGCGGCUUCAGCGACUUUGGCUUGGAUCGUACUGUCCACAAUAUCGAUGCAGAAAAUGCAUACUCCAUUCAGCCAGAAUGGGUCCCAGCAGCGGUGUCUGUCCCCUUCGGCCAGGAAUCGUAUUCAUCGGCCCUGUACUCGGAUCUCGAUGCAAAUGCUUCGUACCUUUUCUCUCACCCUUCAUCGUGCUCUUCAUCUGCACCGAUAGCAACGCCUUUCCCGCCACAGCAGCAUCCUACUGUGGUACGAAUACCGUCCACGUCGAUGAUGGUCAAUUCGCCGUUGGAAGCUGUUGAGAUGAAACAAACCGACUCAGUUGGUAGCAAUACCUCUUUCACGCCAACCGCACCAUCUCGUGCCAUUCGUCGUGCGCAAGAGCAAAUUGUCCACGGGGCGCGACCCAUUGCACCAAAGCGCGAAUCUCACGAGAGAGUUCAAGUCCAUGUCCAACCCACUCCCAGUGACCCAAACCGCAUGAUUCGCAUCUCCUCCGCUGACGGAACUGCCAAAGAGGUGGCUGCAAUUCCCAAGGCUUCUGUUCAUCGGCCGCCUCGACCCAAGACUCACUGUCACUUGUGCAACGACCAGCCCGAGGGCUUUCAUGGUGAACAUGAAUUACGUCGACACAUUGACCGUGUCCACGCACAAGUCCGCAAGGUGUGGAUAUGCGUAGACAUCUCCCCAGACAAGAGUUUUCUGGCCAACUGCAAAGCUUGCCGGAAUGGGAAGCGAUACGGUGCCAAUUACAACGCCGCAGCACACCUCCGUCGAACCCACUUCAACCCCUGUCAGCGUGGCCGUGGGGGACGUGGAAAAGAUAGUGAGAAGCGUGGUGGCAAGGGCGGUGGUAAUCACCCGCCCAUGGAAGUGCUGAAGCUCUGGAUGCGUGAGAUGAUCGAAAGAACUGAUGAUCGGUCCACAGAUCCACUUGAGGAGCUUGACCAGGACGAGUGUGCUGGAUCUCUACCAGCUGAUCGCGAAAGCAGCGCCCUGGCCCGUGGGACUAGGGACGCCGAUGCGCCGUUAAAGAGGGACCGGAAUAUGGCGAAUGCGCAUAGCAUGGCUCGUCCUCAUUCGCAAAGUCGUACCCUUGAUCACAAUCAGUACUAUGAUGACUUUGCGGAAGACCCUGCAAACGUUGCCUUCGACGAUGCGCUACAGGUUCCAUUUUACAUGGAUAGCCAGCAGCUACCCUCGGAUCUGGAGACAUUUGUCAUGUGA